UGUUUAAAGAAACAAUUCAUAAAUUAUUUGGUGAGGAAUUAAGAGUAAUUAGCCUGGAAGAUGAUUCUUCAAAUGGCGUGUUAGAAUCUAAUGUCUUUUCAAAAAGUGUUUUACGUUUUCUUGUUGAGAUGAAAAAUGAAAUUGGCACCGGUAGCUGUGAUCCAACUAUCCAGGCUGGAGCUUCUUUUGCAAAAUAUUAUAUCCAAGAGACAUAUGGGGAAGUACUUAAAUGCAAAAUUGGAAAGGCGCCAAAAUUACUUUACAUUAACAAAGAGGUGGUUGAUGGAUUUUACAUGGUAGUUAUAGAUUAUGUUGAGGCCAAGCAACUUUACAACUGCGACUCACUUAGUCGUGAUGAAUAUAAAGCGGUUUUCAAGGAUAUCGAAAAAGCUAUUGGCAAACUGCAUGAGGAAAAUAUUGUCUUUGCUGACCUCUGUGAUUUCAACAUUUUGGUUAACAAAUCUCAAGACCAGCAGUAUCAAGAAAUGUUAAUAGAUUUCGAUUGGGCCG